UCACUGAGGAAGGGUGAUGACCUCUUUCCACUCUUCCAAUGAGUUCUUUAGAGCUGUGUGCGUACACACUAUCAUUUUAGCGAUUAAAUUUCUCUUCAAUUCUAAAAAUUUUCUCACCACUAAAAAAAAUCUUUCGAUGAAGACCAUUGGUGGAAGUGGUUAGCCUUAGUCCUGUCGUUCUCCGAAAUGCAUUUAUCCUAAGGUCACUUUUUAUUAUGCGAGACAUUGAUCUGACAGAGAUUCCCAUUUAGCGAGACAU